AUUCAAACACAAUAGGGAAGAACACAAGGAAGUAAAACGGUGCUUCGCGAUAGCAAAGAAUAGACAUGCUUUGAAAGAACCGCUCAGAAUUUCCGCUGCCUUCAUAUAUUAACAGAAUGUCAACCAAUGAGAGGGACGAGACAAGUGACACCCAAGCAGUGCCAGCUCAAAAAGCCUCUGAGGGCAAUAACAGGAGAGAGGGCAACACGGACAAGAACCAUCACAGAGGCGUUACAGAAGGUCCCUCUCAGCCCAAUGAUGACACAUCCAUUGUAACAGAUGCAAAUACUGUCGCUGAUAAGAACUUGGCUCUGCUGAAAGCCCACUCCCUGGAUGUGAAAUUUGAAGUUGGGGAAGAAUAUGACAUUAUUGAGACCAUUGGUACAGGUGCUUAUGGUGUGGUCUCAUCGGCCCGAAGACGAGACAAUGGCCAGCAGGUGGCAAUAAAGAAGAUCCCUAAUGCCUUUGAGGUUGUGACGAAUGCCAAACGCACUCUGCGAGAGCUGAAGAUUCUCAAGCACUUCAAACACGACAACAUCAUCGCCAUUAAAGACAUUCUCCAGCCUGAGGUCCCUCACUCGGCUUUCAAAUCAGUGUAUGUGGUACUUGACCUCAUGGAGAGCGACCUGCAUCAGAUCAUUCACUCCCACCAACCUCUGACCCCCGAACACACACGCUACUUCCUGUAUCAGCUGUUAAGAGGCCUGAAAUACAUUCACUCGGCCAACGUCAUUCACCGUGAUCUCAAGCCGUCCAACCUGCUGGUGAAUGAAAACUGCGAGCUGAAGAUAGGCGACUUCGGCAUGGCGCGCGGAUUAAGCGCGGCCCACUCCGAAGAGUCGCGUUCAUUUAUGACUGAAUACGUGGCCACACGAUGGUACCGCGCUCCUGAACUCAUGUUGUCGCUUCACCACUACAGCUUGGCCAUCGACCUCUGGUCUGUUGGCUGCAUCUUUGGAGAGAUGCUCGGCAGGAGGCAGAUGUUUCCAGGGAAAAACUACGUGCAUCAGCUUCAGCUGAUUCUUUCAGUUUUGGGAACACCACCCGAGAGCAUCCUCGGCUCAAUAGGGUCGGACCGGGUGCGUUCGUACGUGCGAAGCCUCCCUUCUAAAGCAGCAGAGCCAUUUGCAGCACUGUAUCCACAAGCUGAGCCCAGUGCAUUGGACUUGUUGGGUGCAAUGCUCCGUUUUGACCCUCGUGAGCGCAUCAGUGCAUGUCAAGCCCUCGCACACCCUUACCUUGCCAAGUACCACGACCCAGACGAUGAGCCAGUGUGCGUUCCUGCCUUUGAUUUUGAGUUUGAUCGGCAGCCAAUGGGCAAAGAACAAAUCAAAGAAGCUAUACUAGUAGAAAUCCAGGACUUCCAUAAGAAGAAGCAGGGCAUCAGGAAGAAGAUCCUGUUUAGGCCUCUCCAUUCUAGUUCGGAGGGGGUUGGGGUGUCUGGUAGCACUCUUUGCGCGAUUCCGCAGUCUCAAAGCUUAACAGAAACAGCACAAACUCGCACAAGUCUCAACUUCAAACCUACAGACGCUACUCAAAUUCAAACGAAUGCAAACUCGUUUCAAGCUCCACAUCAGCUUACUCAGAUUCUGUCACAUUUUGCUCAGGUAAGCUGCCAGGAUGUGGAUAUGCCCAGCGCGAACUCUGACGGCCAGCCUGAGACCAUCGAUCUGACCACUCCCACGGACAAAGAGACGUCGUUUACGGAACCGAUGACGAACUGCACAAAAGAGGGGCUUGACUCGUCUAAUCAAAUGCUUCCGUCCCUCCCCGUCUCUCAGACUCCGCCCACUUCAAGUCUUCCUCAGUCAAUCCCUUCACUCUCUCUCACACAGUCCCAGGCUCAGUCGCUUUCUCAAAAUCUCACUCGUUCCCUGGGCAAAGGAGGAAGAGCGACAACCGGGGAAGGUACAAAAAAAGAGGGAGCAAUUUCAGAGGACACGAAGGCAGCUCUCAAAGCUGCCUUGCUUAAAUCAGCACUAAGGCAGAAAGCUCGAGAUGGAGGCUCUGCAGCUCUUGGUAUUGAAUUACUCAGAGGACCUUCUGGAGGUUUAUCCUCAUCCCUCUCCUCCUCCAACUCUGGACCAGAGCAGAAGAAGCCAGUCACGGCCCAGGAGAGACAAAGAGAGAGGGAAGAGAAGCGGAGGAAGAGACAGGAGCGUGCAAUGGAGCGAAAAAGGAAGCAGAAAGAGAAGGAGAAAAAGGAGGGAAAUCAAGGCAAUUCUUUGGGUGGCAUGUUACUCAGUGACAACGACAAGAAGCUGUUGGAGCGCUGGGGACGAAUGAUGGACAACCGGGUGGACAAAUCACAGACUGCGGAAACCAAUGGUGCCAAGACCGGUGAGGGUAAAACGGUCCAAAUCCAGCCAGCAAAAGGAAGCAAUGUUGUAAAAACUAACUCAGACGGGGGAGAAUCAGUGGUGCCAAAACAACCCAACGAAGUUCAAGCUUUCAAACCGCCACAAAUGCUGCCACAAAUAGGACAGUGUUUGGCAGCUGGGAUAUUCCAUCCAACUCCGACUCAUGAUGCACAGCCCGUCUCUUUAGGUCCAGCUCAGAAUGGAGACGUUGGGAUCGUUGCUGUAGGAGGUGGUGGAAGUGUUGGUAUGGCAAACGCCCCAUGUGCCUUUGCCAAAAACGUAUUAAAACCUCAGUUUCUGACUGUUGGAACAAUGUUCACCAGUCUUGAGAACUGGACAGGAACAGCUCCACACCAACCAACGAAAACCCACCAAACUCCACCUCAACUGAAUAACCCCGCUCACACGGGCUUUGCACACAUACACAUGCAGCAGAAGCACAUCACGCAGUCGCAGUCCAACGCUCACAUCCAGCUGCUGCCGCUGGAAUCAUUUAUGACCAAAGCUUCAGCUCUGAACCCCAGCAUUGACGUCUCGGACACCAGCACGACUCUUUCCAAUCCACAGAUCAGCAAUGGUCCUCAAGCCCUGGACAAACUUUGUGUUUUAGAAGAGCGACAGAAUGGCUCACAUGCGCAGGGCCCUUCAAAACAGCCUUCAGGAGCUGCAGCUCAACCCUGCCUUGGUCUCAAUGACACGGGUCAGCCGGCAAACAGCAUCCCUGACAUCCACACAGUCACACAGCAGCUCUCAAAGUCACAGGUUGAAGACAUUUUGCCGCCGGUUUUCUCAGUGACUCCUAAAGGCAGUGGAGCGGGAUACGGUGUCGGCUUCGACCUCGAUGACCUCCUCACUCAGUCCCUCACCGAACUCCAGCACUCGGACCUCAGGGAAAGUCACAAUGACUUGGCCCCCCUGUCUGCAUCCCUGCUCUCUGAUUGGCUCGAGGUACACCACAUGACCUCUGCUGACAUGGAGUCCCUUCAGCAGGAGCUCCAGCUGGGAUCUCCCAUGAUCCUCUCUGACAACUCAACGCUUCCUGAUACCUGAUCAGUCCAUGCAUUUCGUCUCCAUCCCUUUGUAGAACCGGUUGAGGGCCAUGAACAGAGGAAAUUGAUAGCUGUAUUGUGCACUAGUGUACGGUAGCGAGAAUAUGUUUGAGGCUCCAAAUUAUUAAGGCCUUUACAUAGAAUCUUACCCAGAAAAGUGCCUUUAUCUUUAAUGGGUUUGUAUGCAUUAUGUAUUUGUGCCAACAUUAAAGUAUAAUGCUCCGUUCGGUUCUCAAGGGGUUUCCAUUCUCAGAAUUUCAGUUCCAUUGCCAAGCAAUUCAGAUCCCGAUUGAAAGAGUUCAGCGGUGCUAGUGCCAUUCAUUCAGCCUGGAGUAUCCCAACAUUUAGUUUAGAGAAUAAUCCACUUGAAAUGAUGACUUGUUUAGGAGACCAGUGUUUAAAGCUAUUUUCUAGUACACUACAGUAGGAGCCAUCAGCAGGGCAGCAGUAUUGAAACACAGCCGAGCACAAUGACAUCAUGACUGUAGAAAGUAGAAGAUUUCAUUUGAUGUUGCAUGAAUGCCUUGUAGAAAAUAGUGAAACGUACUGCACCACAUGCAGAUUUGCUCUGUUUUACACCAGCAACAAAGAGUAUUGUCUUGAAUAAAGCUAUCAAGGGA